AUGCACACCCCAACCAUCCUCCUCAUCGCGGCCGCCGCCAGCGCCGCCGUCGCCGCGCCCGUCACCACCAUCAAGCCUACCGACUCAACCAACCCUACCAGCAAGAUCAACCACAACGCCCCCGUCGCCGCCGCACUUGCCUCAGCCGGCAUGGUCGACACAGAAGGCCACUGCAUGCACCCUCCGCGUGCCGCCUUCGCCGCUGGAGAUGCCGCCAUGGCCGCUGGAGAUGCCGCUACUGUUGCUGCCGCCGCUGCUGAAAUCGCCUCUGUUGUCGCUGCCGCCCAAGCUGCCACUGCCCAGGCCGCUGCCCAGGCGGACGAGGAAGAGACACAAGAGCAGUACAACAAGAAACUCGUCAAAAUGGACAAGGCGAGGGAGCACGGUGUUGUUUGCACUGUUUUGUAG